AAAUUAAGGCCGCAGAGCCUGGACGCCAGACAGCGCCUUACGAGAAGCCCAACGCAGAGCCACCUAGCCAUGGAGAGCCCGUCAGGGGAGAAGCCUGGGGCAGGGGCCGCUGAGGAGGAGCUAGGGGUCGAAUCUGCCGAGGUGCCGGCGGGGUUGCGCGAGGCAGUACGCUCCAUGCGCGCGGACGCGGCUCGUUUCCAGCGCGGAGUGGAGCGGCGAGUGGCCGAGGCGCUGGGGCUGGCGGGGCCCCUGGCGCGCACCGUGGCCGAGCUGCAGAGCGAACACGAACGACUGCGGGCCCACCUGGGGCAACUGACGCGCCACGUGGAGGCGCUGGCGCUCGCCACCGGUCUGACCCUGGACAGCGGACCGGAGCACCGGGCCGAGCCGGCGUCCCCCGGCCCCCGUGGGCCCCCGCGCUUCGCCAGCCACUCCGUGUUCUCGCUGUCGGACCGUGGCCAGAGCCUGGAUCAGGAAGAAUGGGCUGAUGCAGAGGUGAAGAGAGCCUCGAACGCUCCAGUCAUGGAGAAUGGGCAUCAGGUGAUGGCAGGUCCAGGGCAUCUCUCCCCAGAGGCCCCUGAGCCCCUGGAGCCUCACCCCCCAAGCGUGUCUCUUCGAAUGCCCCACCAGCCCGUCACGGCCAUCACCCGGGGCCUGGAGAAGGUCUCAGGGGAAAUCGCGUCCCCAAGCCUGGCCUGCUCUGGUGCCUCCACAGCCAGCCAGGGGCGCAGCAUGAGCCUCAGCGACACAGUGAAGACAUCUGGCUGGCCAGAGAAGAGCUUCCGGGUCACCAGAUCUUCCUCAGUCACCAGCUUUGGGAUGACCGGCGUCUUUGUCAACAAUGAAAGCUUCCAGCAGGUGAUCCCUCCCAAAUCUCCAUCCCCGCCACCGCCGCCAGCCAGCCAUCGGCAGGGGGAGCGUCGCAGGGAGCUGGUGAGAUCCCAGACACUGCCAAGGACCUCCGGGGCUCAGGCCCGUAAGGCACUCUUUGAGAAAUGGGAACAAGAUGCUGGCAAGGGCCGAGGGGAGUCCCGGGCCAAGCUCAAGCGCUCACAGAGCUUUGGUGUGGCCAGCGCGAGCAGCAUCAAGCAGAUUCUUUUGGAAUGGUGCCGCUCCAAGACCAUCGGGUACCGGCACGUCGACCUCCAAAACUUCUCCUCCAGCUGGAGUGACGGCAUGGCCUUCUGCGCCCUUAUCCACUCCUUCUUCCCAGAAGCCUUUGACUACAGCACCCUGGAGCCCAGCGAGCCCAAGAAGAACUUCGAGCUGGCCUUCACCAUGGCCGAGAAGCUGGCUCAGUGUGAGCGUCUCAUCGAGGUGGAUGACAUGAUGGUGAUGGGACGCAAGCCGGACCCCAUGUGCGUCUUCACCUACGUGCAGUCCCUGUACAACCACCUGCGGCGCUUUGAAUGACGACCCAGGGCUGUCCAAGAAGAGGGGGAGCCUCUCGGGCAUGAGGAUGAGGAUGGCAGCGGGCAGUGGGCGGCGAGCAUAAAGCGCUACUGACCUGGAGCAGGGGAAGCAGGGGUGAAGACAUUGGUGCUAUGAGAUCGCUCGCUUCCUAGGGAGGGUCCAAAACAAAUGGCCCAUUGGCUUCUGGACACAUUUAGUCCCAAGUGCCUUGACUGAAUAGCAUAGGGCUCCCCGUGCCCCUCCCUCAAGCCCCAGGAGGUGGGGCUUUUGGGCAACCCCACCCAGUCCCCCACGGGCUCCUGUGGGCCCAGAUGCAGCAGGGCUGCCCUCCCUAGGGGCCACAGGCCUGCGGGCGGGUGGAGGGCUCAGUCACACUCUGGGGACAGCUGACCAGCUAGUUCUAAGACAAUGUGACUCCAUCUGUGUCAAUGCCAUUUGUACAUAAAAGACGCUAGCCCAGGCUCACUUUG